GGCGGCGGUAGCGGCACCAGCAACGACAGCAGCAACGGCAACGGCAGUGGCAGUGGCAGUGGCAGUGGCAGUGGCAGUGGCAGUGGCAGUGGCAGUGGCAGCGGCAGCAGCAAGAAGGGCGGUAACAACAACGACAAUAGCGACAACAACGGUGAUAGCGGUGAUAACAGUGACGGCAAUGGCAGGGGGCGAGGAGGAAGAGGAAGAUUUGGGAACGGCAAUGGAAGAGGGGGGUCCAACAAGUCUGACAACUCCGACAACUCUGACAACUCCAACGAUUCGGGUAAUUCCAGCAACGGAGACGGUGCGGGCACGGACAAGAAAACGGGAGGAGGGAAGAAGGGCGACAGUAGCAGCAAAAAGACAAGCGACGACUCAUCGCCGUCCACAUCAUCUUCGACUGGACCAACCACGGCUACAGGCGCAGUAGCUGAGUCUACGGCGGUCAGCCCAGACGCAGUCGCAGCGGCGUCGCCUGCAGCUCCAAGCCCGCCGCCACCAGAGGCAAACCCUUCAAGCACCGCUUUAGACUCGUCGGCCACUGCGGGCUCUGCGCAAGCAACAGAUGCUAGUUCUGCCAAUACUUCUCCAAGCACAUCAACGUCGUCUCUCGGACCCAGCCCAACGGCUUUGUCGGACACAGCUCCAACACCUCUGGCGGCCUUCAACAGUACUGGGAUUAGCGACGACAAUCAAGAUAACGGAAGUGUCAACGGAGGCGGUAAUACCACUACCAUCGGCAGCAACAGUACCAGUACCGUGGAACCCCCGGCAGGACUUAAUCCGAUGGCCGAGCGUGCCCUAGUCUCGGCUGGCUCUAUAGGGGCUUUUAUUUUCGUGUGCUUUCUUGGCUGGAUUGUGUGGCGGACAACGCGAAAGUCAAAGGCAGAUGGCAGCAAAAGAACCAAGCAUUUUCGAAGAGUACUUCCAGCGAGCCUGACAGCCAAAGUUCCAUUCCUGAGAGGAAGAUGGCAGAAGUUGGACGACUCUAAACCUGUCCCCUCUUCGCCUCCCAGCUAUCGUGAGAAAGCCAGCGUUGUUGCAGUUGCCCCGCAGCUAGACGACUUCUACGGCAAAGAAAAGAUAAACAUGCAAAUGCCACCGAUGCCACAACAGCAGUCACAACAAUUACAGUGGCUAGCAAUGUCGGGAGCGCCUCAACUCCCCAUCCUGCCACCGACAACCUUGAACCCACAACUAAUCGAUUUAAAUGCUAUAUAUAACACAAGUAGUAAUGUGAAGACGGCAGACGCGGUCAGCAGCAUAUAUACGACCAACACCGCGACCUCUUUACACCAACCUCAAGAGUCAUUCAGCUCCACUGAUGCGGCACAGUUUGGGACCAUAUCGAGCGUGGCUGAUUCAAACACAAUGCGGUCGAGAAUGGGCCCGGCGGCGUAUUACAACCAAUCCGAGAUGGCACGCCAGCCCUCCGAGGCGUACGACCCGACCCGCCGGCAGACCAACCGGGCGAGCCAGUUAUCUUCUAUUUCGUCGGGUUUCGGCGAUGGCGACAUCAUUGUAGGGGCGCAGCUUAUCAAGCCACCACAGCCAGCGGUUACUACCGCCAAUGCUGCCGGCCGCUUCUCGUGGAUGUCGCAGACGACGAGCGGAAGAGAAACCGUGUAUACGCAAACAAGCGAGGACUCGCCGCCUCGGUUCCGGACGGUUACCUCGUGGGUUGACCAGCAAACAGGCCGCAUCAUACGUGUGCAGCAGCGCGAGAAUGACCUGGCGGCCGCGCCGCCCGUUCCGCAACUGCCGGGCCAUCCCGGUAUACCCGGCAUACAUAAUCCUCCCGACGAGCAAGUUUUUAAUAUGAUGAUGGACGAUGAGCCGCCUCGACGCGUCGAGGAUACUUUGACUAGGAUACCAUAGAGGAGUGGCCAUCCGAGGUCUCGCUGGGAUUUAGUGGGUCACGAUGAAUGAACUAGGGAUCCAAAGAAAAAAGUUUCUGCUUACUCUCCCCUUCGUGGUUGAGAUUUUUGGGGGGUGGUGUUAUUAUACACACCUGUCUUUUCUGGGAUACUGCAGCCAUCAGCUGUAUUUCUAUAUUUUCUUUUACGGAGGGCAUCUUCACCUAAGGUGUGUGCACCUGCCUCACUUGGGCCGCGCUAGCUGUCUGCUCCCGACCGGCAUUGCCAUCUCUCCACAGCCUGGUGCAACGAGAGAUUAUUUAGCAUGCCCUGUAUAAUUAUGAGAGCUGGCGCGCCUCACUUUGUCUAGGCCACGGACAGUUCUAUUCCCUCCGACUCUUGUAGUUGGGCGGAUAAAGGACGGAGGUCACCAUUUUGUUUGUCAGGGUCUACUCCU